ACAUUAUUAUCCAGCAAACAUCAACAAUUGUUUUUUCUAUCAUCGUGUGAGUUCGUUAAUUUGCGAUUAUUGGAAAGUCGUCUGGUUUUUGGUAGCUGUUCGCCGCCAGAUAUCUCCCUCGCUCGCAAGUGCGAGCCGUUUCGGCCGAAUUCAUUUAUUUUCUUUCUUCUAAAGCUUCGUCAUCAUGAGGACCGCAAGACUCUCGAAUUCAGUUGCUGCGAGGCGUGUUUAUGGGAUCACACCGGCAAGUUUCCCUAGCAUCCUUGCCGCUCGAUCUCUGGCACAAGCCCAACGCAACCGUCGAGCAUUCCCAACACAUUUAAAUGCAUUGGCGGUCUUGAUCCCUAAUCAACGCACAUAUGCGACCGAAACAUCCACAUCGUCCAACACCAAUUCCGGAGGCACACCAUUACCGCCUCCAGGAUUCGAUGCCAACCAAGCCAAACAACCGCUGUCAUCCUCAACGGCGGAAUCGCGGAAGAUAGCGGACCAAGCGGCAGUCAGCAAAAAUGCUACUGGAACAACAGCGACGGCGCAGGCAUCUCAGCCAACAGCCACUUCGGCAGAGACUGUGGUUGCCGACAGUAAGAAAAUGACUGUGGAACCGGAGAAGCGAGCCGUGGAGAAGAAAGAGGAGAUGAAAAAGAUGACGAUUGGGCAAAAGAUUAAGCAUGAGAUUCAGCAUUAUUGGGAUGGGACGAAAUUGCUUGCUACCGAAGUUCGCAUUAGUGUUAAGUUGGCGAUGAAGAUGGCGGCGGGUUAUGAGUUGAGUCGUCGUGAGCAUAGACAGUUACAACGUACGGUCAAAGAUUUAGCACGUUUGGUGCCAUUCUCCGUAUUCGUCAUUGUCCCCUUUGCCGAAUUGCUACUUCCCAUUGCUCUACGAAUGUUCCCCAACAUGCUCCCCAGCACCUAUGAGGGACAAAAAUCGAAGGACAAAAAGGCCGAAACUCUCCGAGGCACUCGCAAAGAAGUUUCUAAAUUCUUGAAGGAUACUUUGAAGGAGACCGGUCUCCCACUGAGCGCAGAAAAUGCGAAGAAAGAAGAAUUCACCGAAUUCUUCAGGAAACUUCGCUCAACGGGUGAAACACCGUCUGAUGAGGAUGUUAUCAAAGUUAUCAAGAUUUUCAAGGAUGACUUGACGCUGGAUAACUUGUCUCGACCUCAGUUGGUGGGUAUGUGCAAAUAUAUGAACCUCAACACAUUCGGCACGGAUGCUAUGUUGCGAUACAAUAUUCGACAUCGAAUGCGCCAGAUUAAGCGGGACGAUCGUGCGAUAUCAUAUGAAGGCGUGGAUUCCCUCUCAGUGCCAGAAUUGCAAAUGGCCUGCGCAUCGCGUGGUAUCCGCACCCAUGGUGUUUCCCCCGGACGCCUCCGAGACGAUCUCUCCAUGUGGCUUGAUCUCCGUCUCAAGCACGGGGUCCCCUCUACCAUGCUCGUUUUGAGUAACGCAUAUCAAUACGCCACCCAAUCCAAGGACUCAGAAAUGUCUUCUCAAAUCGACGCCCUCCGCUCCGUGUUGUCUAGUAUCCCCGAAGAACUCUUCCAUGAAAUCGAACUAGAAGUCCACAACGCCGAGGGAGCAGCUACCAACCGACAGCGUCUCGAAGUCGUCAAGGAGCAACAGGAAUUGAUUGAAGAAGAGAACGAGCAAAAUACAGAACAAGAAGGUAAAGGCGUGUCAGCGCCAAAGGAUACGGAGAAUAUCGAUGAUAAGGAGGAUCACCCGAAGCUUGAGGCGUCAGAUGCAGCUGCACAGCAGGCUGUUGAAGCUAGUGAGGCUGAAGCUGAUCAAGCGAGCGCCGAGAAACAGACUACUACUACUCAGGAGGGAAAAGAAGACGUGGCGAAGUCUGAGAAGAAGGAUUAAAUAAUGCCUGUUGUCUCUUGUAUUAACAUCUCCGAUCCAUAUCUUCUUCCCGCGCUUUUCCUGCUCCUGUCACACCCAAAUUAUGAAAAUUCUUAAUAUAGACUGUCUCGUUAUAUAUAUGAUUGUACAUUCCUUUGGAUUGCCGUUAUAGGUAGUAAGGAAGAUUGUCUUCAUGUUAAAGUGAAGUG